GGAAGCCUGGUGUGCUACAGUCCAUAGGGUCACAAAGAGUCAGACACAACUGAGCUACUGAACAACAACACCACCUGCCUGAACACCAUGAGGAUGGGGACUUUCCUGCACCUCCCAGGUUGUCUUCCCAACCUGUGUCUCGUCUUUCCUUCCAUUUACAUCUCUUUCCUACAUCACUGUUGUCAGACUAGAUGGGUACCCACACAGUCUAUCUCAAGCACUGUGAAAUGUGUUGAAUGGAUGUACCAUGAUCCUUGGCAAUGUGAUACUACCCACAGGAAUUCCUUUAUACCUUUGGUAUGAAAGAUGGCAGGCAAUGAGUGAUGAACUAAUAACCUCAGAUGCCAUCAAUGACUAGCUGGAGAGAUGCUGCAUUUGCAUAUAGGCUUCCAAACUGAUUACUCAAAGUGAGGAUCACGCCUGGUCCCUCCAGAGUAUAAGACAACAAUGCUCCAGGGGCCCAAAACAGAGCCACAGACUUCGGGGAUCCCUGACCCAGGUCCUGCCCUUCAUCCCAGCCUCCUGUUGAGUCAUUUCCUCACACUGAAAAUGUCCGUUUUGGAGGAGAACCCAGGUAUGAAAAUGGACUGUGAAGACUGGGAAAGAGAUGAACCUCAGUGCUCCUCAGAAGACCCAGUCAGAGAUGCCUUGGAGCCAGGCCCCAGCCUCACCUCCAUGAGUGCUGCCCAUGCAGGUCCCAGAGUGAAGGCCAACGGCCCAGAGAAAUUCACCAUCCAUGACGGGGAUCAAAAAGUUUUGGUCCUGGACUCCAAGACCCUCAGAGCAGUUCCGUAUAAGACUUACAUACUCCCAGAAAUCUUCUUUGUAUUAGCCUCCCAUGUGAAGUCAGCUUAUGAGCACAAAGGAAGCCCCAUUUUUCUGGCUGUCUCAAAAGGCGAGCUGUGUCUCUGCUGUGACACAAACAAAGGACACAAGCCAUCCCUGCAGCUGAAGAAGAAGAAACUUUCCAACCUGGUGGCCCAGAAGAAAGGGAAAUAUCUGCCCUUCAUCUUUUAUCGGAAUAAAGUCGGCUCUCGGAAUACCUUAGAGUCGGCUGCCCACCCUGGAUGGUUCGUCUGCACCUCCCCAUAUCCUGGGAAACCAGUCGAAAUGACAAAACAUUGCGGAAGAAGGAAAAUCACUGAGUUUUCAUUCCAGCACAUCCACAAAGCCGAAAUGAGCCCCAGUGAAGUCAGCGAAUAAGAAACAGCCCCAUCAGAUGCCUUCCUGCCCUUUUUUCUCUAACUGGUGUACCAAUGGCAGAAGAACAUGGGAGCUACUCAUUAACCUCUUUUCGUUUCUUAAUAGUGUUAUAGCCAUGUGUUCCGGGAAACAAACUCACUCAGAAGGACAAUGCAGAUAGUGCAGGCAGUUUAUUACAC